AAAAUGGACUAAAUCAAAAUUACAUUAAACUUCCCUUGCUUUUUUACUUUCUAUGAGGUUUUGGGCGGUAAAGAAAACGACCUCUCUGGCUUUUAUAGGGGGUGAGGUUGCGUAUGUCUUGACCCCCACACCCCACUGCACCCCACCGGAGUUGUGUUAUACUGAGCUUGUUUGUUUGUUGCCACUUGAAUGUGCUACUUUGUAUAACUCACAUGUGAACUAGUCCAGUAAACCAUCACAAAGUACUUGUAUUCGAGAUUUUGCUUAUUCAACUCUGAGGAUCAUCCUUUAUUUUCAUUGCCAUUUGUGUGCAUAGAGAAUCAACGUUCAUGCGAAUAUUUAUUUUAACACCUCCCAAAUGUUGCACCCUCGUUUUAUGAACGAUUGCACAAACCAAGUUGGCAUAUCCAUUGCUCUAACCUCUCCGCCUCUUUCCAAAUGUGUUUAGUUCUUAUUAGAUGAAAUUGUGUCUUGUUCCCAGAUGGUUGGUGGAUUACUUGUUGGAGCAUGGGUUUUCAAAGGCACUAUCGGAAUGGCUAGGCAGCAAUCUCAAGAAAUCGGGAGAUGAAAUGACUUGGACAUUCAAUAUAGAUGCUGCUUUCCAAAUGUUCAAUUCUUACUGGGAGACGGAUUAUUGGCCUUUAUUGGAGCAUCCACCCAAUGGUACAGAAAUAUCCAUCGUUCGUGCAGAGAAAAGCGACCGGUGGGAACCUGAGGUAAUCGAUCGGUUGCAAAGCCUUGCAAGCAGAAAAGCCAACGAAGGUGAAGGCAAGUUCUCUUAUCAUGUUCUCCCAGAUUCUGGUCAUUGGGUUCAUGUUGAUAAUCCCAAUGGACUCCUCCAGAUUGUUGCUCCAAAAUUGGCCACCCUGGUUUAGCAACUUCUCUUCUGUCAUUGAUGGAUCCCCGCACUAAAAUUUGUACUCUCUCUGUUUGAAAAAACAGGUUCGGCUUCAAUUUUAGCGCAUCCCACAAAACACUUCUAUGCCCAUCUAAAAUGUAUAAAAUACACCCCAUUUCUCCUCCAGGCUCCAUUGCAGGUAGAAAUUAUUUUGGGGGUAUUUUACAGUUAGAUGGGGUAGAAGUGUUUUGUGGGGUGCACAAAAAAUGGAGGUGGAACUCGGGGGAGUAUGUUUUUUUUCUCAGAAAAGAGACAUUUUUUAUUCUUUCACCAAUUGAUGAAUGCCCCAUGCCAUUCCAUGCCUGCGGGCAACAAGUGUUAGUGGUUCAGGAGCAUCCAUUUUGAAACAACUCUGAUGAGCUAUUGUAAUUGUUUCUUGUUAUGCACCUAAUAUAAUAAGAUGAUAGAACAUUG